CGAAAGCUGGGAAAAACAUACAGACAUGUCCCUCACUGAUAUUUUGAUCACAUGAAAAUGUGGAUUUUCUGUGUAAUAGGAUGUCAUCUUAUUUAACAAACAGGAAAACAUGGGAGUGUAUUUAAAUGGCACCAAUUCUACAUUUAAACAUUUUUUUCAUGGUAUUUUCCAAAAGAAAGUCCAUUAUUAAUUAAAAUGCUAAGUGAUCCAUGAAAUGUCCUCUGGUACGGGGUUAUUUUUGGUAUUUUCAGCAACCAUGAGAGGAAUGUCGCAAGCUCCCAUGAGAGUACAGACUGACCAAGACAACAGGGUCAGUGUGAAAAGAGAGUGAAGUUAAACCUACCCUUGUUUUUGAAUUUUAAUCCUUAAUCCCCCCUUUUGACCAAUAUAAAGGUUUAUAAAGUGCUUAGAAACACGACUUUUAAGGUGAAGUAAUGUAAUGAAGUAUCUCCUUUUUUUUGUGAUUUAACAGCCUAUUAGGAAUGUAGCCAUCCGUUACUUUUAUUUCUCGGUAUCAGCCAGGCUCCUCUUCCUCCAUGCUGCUUGUCAUUCAUAAGAUUAAGUGGAGUUUCUCGGUGCUACAUGAAGAGGAGGGCUCUCCUCUUCAGUCUUGCACCUCACGUUGUUAAAUAUUCAGUUGCAGGCUCCCCGCACCAUCCAGUCUACCAAUAAACGGCCUCUGACAGUGCGAUUGGCAGAGGCAGCAGGAGUAACAGUCUGUCAGCCACACAUAUUUUUAUUUAUUUAUUUUUUUCUGGACGGCGAGGGGUGAUGGUGCAGUGUUCUCGGUGCUGCAGGCGUCGUUCCCGGAAUGGACACUUCGCAAACCGGUGUGGUUUUAGGUGCACUGGGUGUCAGAUAGUCCAGCAUCCAUCCAGCCACACUGCGCACGGAUUUCAGUGACCGAUUUCUGCCGUGCAUCCGCAUUACUGGGGAAAUAUGGGGCAUACAGCGUAGGCUUUCUAUCUCCCCGUGCUUUGAUACAGACUGAGAUUAUUUUAACAUGUAUUUUCCUCCCUAAUUUAUCAGACAUAAUUACUGACAAAAGACCAUCUCAUUGCUGGCAGAGGAACGCAUUUCCUGCCUGUGUCCGCGUUAAAUCUUCAUGGAGAUCUCCCGUGCAACAUAAGAUGUGAUAUGUCGAUUAUCCCCCUUUUUACUAUAAAAAAAGCAGGUCAGAAAUGCCCCUUUACUCUUGGCUGUUGACUCUUUGUGAGCUUUCUUGAAAAACAAACAAACAAACAUCAACAACAAAAAGGCAUAUUUAGGAUCUCGGCGUGAAUCGACAUGGAUAGUGCAGGGAGCCGGGCAGCGAUGGUGGGGGACGGUGCAGUCAAUUUCACAGCAGCCCACCUCUGGCUGGAUCUACUGAACGCCUCGAGCCCAUCGACCCGGUGGGACAGCAGCCCGCCUGCCGAGGGCACCGGGCUGGACGAGCGGCAGCGACUCGUGCGAGAGCAAGCCUACCGGGACUUCACCACCACCGUUCAGGUUUUCAUCCUCCUAGGUUCGCUGAUCGGUAAUGCCACCGUGUUGUGGUGCACCUGCUGCACAAACGUCUUUAAAACAGUGACCAAUCGAUUCAUCAAGAACCUGGCAUGGUCUGGUAUCUGUGCCGGCCUGGUGUGCAUCCCCUUUGAUGUGGCACUCGGAGCCAAUCCUCGGUGCUGCUUGUGGCUUCAUACGCUGGUGCUCUGCAAAGCUCUCAAGUUCCUCCACAAACUCUUCUGCUCUGUCACCGUUCUCAGCUUCAGCGCCAUCGCAUUGGACAGAUACUACUCAGUGUUGUACCCACUGGAGAGGAAAAUCUCAGACGCAAGAUCUCGAGAUCUGGUCAUCUAUAUCUGGGUCCAUGCAACUGUGGUCAGCCUCCCCGUGUUUGCUGUGACCAAUGUGACUGAUGUGUACGUGACCUCAUCCUGCUCAAAUGACCCCGCCCGCUCGCUGAGUCACAUGGUGUAUGUGUUGAUCUACAACAUCACCACAGUGAUCCUCCCCCUGGCUCUGGUCUUCCUUCUCAUGCUUCUGAUCCGCAGAGCACUAAGUGCCAGCCAGAAGAAGAAGGUGAUCAUCGCAGCUCUGCGAACUCCCCAGAACAGCAUCUCUAUCCCAUACGUGUCCCAGAGGGAAGCCGAACUUCAUGUAACUCUUCUGGCUGUGGUACUGGCUUUCUCAGCUUGCAGCGCGCCCUAUGGGGCCUUAGUAUUUUACCGCACUAUUUUGGCAGAUGCUAAAGAGCUGCCUGUCUCACUGUAUCUCACAGCCCUCUGGCUUCCUAAGGUAUCCUUGCUCACCAACCCACUUUUGUUUCUGACUGUUAACCGCUCAGCGCGUCACAGCUGUCUGGACCUGCUGGCCAGGAUUCACAGACGUUACAGCCGCCGUAACGUGGUUAGCACUGGAGGUCUGGCUUCUUUAGGAGCAGAUGGCGUGAUUGGGGAGCCAGUAGGACUGGAGACUGCUGGUCGAUCUGGAAGCCAGCUUCUAGAGAUGUUUAACAUUGGCCAACAGCAGAUCUUCAGACCGUCUGAAGAAGAAGAGGAGGAGGAUGGGGAGAAUGAUGUGGAGAUCCCAUCUCAAGGAUCAGGAGAAGGCUCAGGGCCCAAAGAUGACCAGAAAGGUGGGUCAAGAAUGGGAAGCCUCAGAGGUGAAGUGAUUAAUAAAAAGGACUCUCUGCAGGGCACAGGAGGAGGGCUGGUUAUCACCAAGGAGGUCCCUCCUUCAGUUAUAGCCCCCCGGGCCUCUCCAGUCCAUACAUGCGCUUAUGCCUCUUCAUCACAAGUGGCACCUGCUACACCUACAGAAGCAGAGGACUCCCCACAGUUUGGUUUUGGACCUUUUGAGCUGCCACCUCAGUGGUUACCUGAGACCAGGAAUAGCAAGAAGAGGCUACUGCCACCGCUGGGUAACACGCCUGAGGAGCUGAUCCAGACCAAAGUGCCAAAGCAGAAGCCAGAACGCAGGAUCAGCAGGAACAACAAGGUCAGCACAAUUCCCACCGUGGAUCCAUGAACUGUACCGUUGGCCUCUGAUCUGCAACACUGGAAAAAUCAGAACUCCUUUGGGAGAAGACAAUGAUGUCUGCAUGGUUUCUUCUGGUUCCUUCUUCUGAUUUGCAGUUGUAGCUCUUGUAGAAGUUCAGGUUCGACAUUUUACUGCAGAAAAGCAGGUUCCCUGAAGCACUGUAUUUCCAUUUGUGAAUCAAUUUGAUAUCAAUAUAAUAUUUCUAGUCUGACAAAUAUGUCCAUUCCAUCCAAUUUCACAGCUCUUCGAGAGGUCCAGUUUUAUAAUUAAGGAUUUCCUCAGUGACUCCAUGAUGAAGGAAAAUAGAUACCUUCAUAAAUCUUUCUUUUUAUUGGAGGUGACAUCAGUAGUCAAACAACACUGUACAAAUCCAAUUAUCUUGAGGGAUGCACUGAUAAUGGAUAAUAUAUUUCCACAGCAAAUAAUCAAGCAAGCAUUAUGGACCUGCUAACAAAACAGUUUUUAAAAAUAGUUCUAAUCUGAUUGCACUGUGUAUAUGAACACAUCUCAGUGUUGGUCCUUUCACUUAACCCAUUGUGGGACUUUUCUUUUCUAUGUUUGAUUUACAGAAAUGUUUUGGGUAUUGUCUGCUGCCUUUGUUUUUUGUCAAAUUCCACUUUCUGAACAUUUCUUGUAAUGUCUUAGAUGUUGUCGUGAUUUUCACUUUCGAUGUCGAUGGUUUUCAUAAGAUUAAAACACUGGUGUAGAGUAUGCAAAUACAUGUUUACAAUGUGAAACAAUCCGAGUUCAACUGUGUGUUCAGUCUUGGUUUCUGGAAGUGCAUCACAUAUACUGAAAUCUGCAGGUUCAUGCAGAAUGGGGAUCUUUUAGCGACAUUACAUCAAUCUUAAUGAUUUCUCACAGAUUUCCUGAAAGUCAGUUGCUCAAUUAAAAUGUUGUAUAAUAAUUAGGAGCAGAGAUACCAAGUGCACAUUUUAUAUCAUCUGACGCUCUGUAAAACAUGUUUCCUUUUAAAUAUCUCUGACUGACACUUCUGGCUCUGUCUCCUUUGUGAUGCAGAAUUCAUCAGCAAAAGCUUUGACCUGCACCUUUGGCUGAGGUAAACAGAGCUGGGCUACACUUCAAAUAUUUGUCAAGCCGUAACUCCCUUCGGGGCUACCCACAAUUCCUUGUUAUGUCCACAGAGGAGCUGAAUCUAUGCUGCAUCCUACCCAUGCUGUUAUCAGGCGAAUCGUUCACUCAUGCUUGACUUGAAAUAAUAUCCACCGGUGCUACUUAAAAGCAAGAGAGAGAUGAGUAAUAGCUUUAUUCAAAUACACUGGAUGCAGCAGUGACUUUUUGAGCGGUCCGGCUGUGUGUGGUAGUUGCUGUAAUAGAUAUAGUGGAUAAACCGAGCAGAAAAUGUUAUUCAGUGUUGCCAAAAGGAGAAGAUUAUUGAUUGUUUCCUAGAAUAUUGACUUGUAUUUCCCACCCAAAUUGAUUCAAGGCUUAUUCAAAGACCCUAACCUGAUUCUCUUGCAAUGAUCAAGGGUUUGACAACAGAAAUAUUGUAACUGUAAAAGGAGAAGUCACACUAAGGUUUAAAGUCUGCUUCCUAAACGAAUACAGUAGUUCUUGACCUUGGGAAGGUCUUACCAUCAGGUUGGUUAAGAUGCCAUUCUGAAGCUUUUGAUCAGUGCCAGUAAUGAAUUUUUAGUUUAAGCUCUUAGGCUAACAUGGCCCUGAAGAAGAAAGACAAAAAGAAAAACAGAGUUAUGUAAAUUCAUGUCAAAUAUUAAAUUAUAAAUCAAAACCCACAGAAAACCUCUUACAGAGUUAAAUCAGUGUUAGUUUCCCUGUGCCUUGAGGCAAGUCCAUGUGUGCACUGCAUUUUGUAACUUGUAGAGUACCCUGCGUAAGUCUUGAGUCAGCCCCUCCCUUUUUUAUAUUUUGCUAAGAAAAUGGGAAAUGGGUGCAGUGAUUUAUUGAAACAUUUGCAAACAUAAAUGGAAAUAUGGUAUGUAAGGCAAAAACACAGUUUGCACAAAUAUAACAAGCUUGAAAAUCAAUAUUUUACAGCACCACCUUUUAUUCUUCAACCAGAGCCACUGACUGAAAUGCAGCCCCAAACCAUGACAGCACCUCCAUCAUUUAUUACAGAUGGCUGUAGACACUCAGUGUUGUACCUCUUGACCUCCUGUGUACAAUGAUUUGUACCGAGAAAUUUAAAUCCACCACUUCAUAAGAUCUGUUGUCACUGUGCAGUUCUUGUGAAAUUUGGUAUGUAUCAACUUAUUCUCCCCGUAUCUCUUCCUUCCUGACUUCUUGACAGCCACCCUUCCACUGAGACCAUUUCUUCUGUUGAGGCUUCAGUGAACAGUAGAUGGAUCAGCUGAAAUGCAGAUGAAUCUCUCAUGUUCAGUGUCAGGUCUUUGCUGUCUGCUGGGCAUCACUUUCAGAUACUAUUAAUCCACUGCAGAUACUUUAGGCACUUGUAACUUCUUCUUUUGUUUUCCACUUAUUAAAUUUCAUUACUUUUAUUAAGGAUAUGCUACACACCAAGUUGAAAGAUGCCACACUUUUGGCUAAUAACUUUUUGUGAUUCACCUUGUUAGUACAAGACCUCCCCAAACUAUUAAUCAAAUAUUGUUAA